UAUAGUACGUUAGUGUGGCAUUGCAAUCGUGCACUAAGUUCUAUUCUGCAUAUUGGCUAGUGCAAUAAGUUUGAAACUUGUUAUCACAAGUGCAAUCCAUCGUAAACAGCAAUGUCCAUCAGUUCUCUUCCGGUUGAGCUGUUACAGCAGAUUUUCUCCCACCUGUCGUAUCAUGACCUGCAGCAAACUUCACUGGUUUGCCACCGCUGGCAUAAGGCAUCGGAAAAGUUCAUCGUUUGUAAGGUAAUGUUCAAUGCGACCCAAUCUUCAGUCGAAUCCGACGAAAGCGAGGGGCAAUGUCGAAUCGAUUCCGCUAAUACUAUUCGCAACAGUAUACGCAAUUACCGAGCGAUUUACUUGAACGGGUUUACGACGGUGGAAAACUGGCAGCAGCUUCAACCCAUUGUGGCAGAAUGCGUGCGAAGGUUUCCCACUAUCUGUGAACUGUAUUUGAAAGAGUUUCGGUGCCAGGAUCUGCAUUGCAUGUACACUUCUUACCGAGACUGGAUGACACAAUGCGGUUCGAUUCAGGUUUCCCUGAGAAGCUGUCAUAGGAGCAAUACUGAAAUGGAAAGUGAGGAGCAAGUAGAAUGGUUUUUGACCUUACCAAAUUUGAAAUGCUUGUUCUGGCGAGAAUGCGAAUAUGAUCCUUUGAGGACAGUGACUAUUGACGCCCCCAAUUUGGAGUCCAUUUAUUUGAAGGGCAGCAAGGGUUCAUUUCCCGGUGAAGUACGGCUUCGAUGUCCCCGGUUGAAACAGGUCAAUUGCAAACCACAAGAAUCUGAGUUCCCUCAAAUGUUCGUAACGGGUCUUGAGAGCGUAGAAACACUACAGCUGAUUCUUGAUAAUAGAGCAGACCUCGGAUUCCUUAAGGAAUUGCAUCGGUUGAAAGAAUUGCAAAUAACAUUCCUCUGUAAGAUGAAGUCCCUGGAUGAACUGGUAGAAAUGUGUGCUGGACUGCCAAUAAGGACAUUGGAUGUGCGGAGUUCUAUCGAAGGAAGCUCUCUUGAUCUGCAGGAAUUAUUCGAAAAUUUGGCUGAUUUGAAAUCUCUGAAAUUACACCGUAUUGAUUUCUUUGCGGAACAUGAUAUCGUAGCGAAAGAAUUAGAGGAAUUGAAUUUGCAAAGCGUUGAAUACUGCGAUGACAUCACGCUGAACGUCCCAAAACUUCAACAUCUGACGCUAGAUUUGGAUGUUCUGGAUAAAAUAAAUUUCGUCAACACCACCAGCCUUUCUGAACUAUGUCUGUUUUGGCCAUCGGAAGAUUUAGGAAAAUCUCUUGAUAACACGGUUUACUCUUUUCUGGAUGCCCAUGGAGCCGUGACAAGUUUAAUAUUAAUUAAUGACUACUGUAGUAGAAAAGGUAACAUCCUCGAUAAAUCUUCCAACGUACGCGCAUUGCUGAAUCUGCGAAAACUUGAACUGCGCUGGUUUACCGUGACAGUGGAUUUCUUCCGAGCGAUUGCCGAGUCAGAAUUGUUACAGAACCUAACCCUCAUCGGUUGUACCAUCGAUUGUACUGGCCUUGCGGAUGAAGAACACGUGCGUUUGGCAUCAGUUGAGCAAAUGGUUACAGAGCAACAGUGCAGUCUGAUAAAUUCGAAGCGAACCGAUUUUCCGUUGCUAACAGGACGAUCUAUUGAUGAUUUAUAAUUGGUCUACAAUUCGUAAUCAUAACAUUUUUUCGAUGCAUUUUGAACAUCUGUGCGUAAAA